UUCGGCUACUGCCGCGCACGGGUGUGUAUGUGUGUGUGUAUGCGCGACUCUGCUGCGCCAAGCAGCUGUCAUAAGGCUGAAAAAAAGACUGGGAUGGGAUGCGUGACUGGAAUGAGAGGGACAAAUAAACUGGAGGUGGAUACAUUCGUUGCGCGCGGCUUGUGCAAUCAGAUGAAGUCCCGAUUAUGUUGGAUAGAAUUUGUGAGAUUGAUAGUGCCGCAGGUGCUUUGCAUCGGUUGGAAGUUGCGAACUUUUUCUUUGCGGCGAAUGGUUAAAAUUUUGGAAAAAAAAACGCGACGAAGAGUACAAAAAUAAAAUUGAAUUUAUAAAAGAAUAUUCACUUGGACAGAACAUGCGUAAAAGUUAAGUCACGAAGAGAUCUGCUAAGUUAAGUGUUCCUACGUAAAGAGUCAUACGUAUACAGAGGCGCGUGCAGUCUGUUAUAGUAUCACAUAACUAGCUAAGAGCUGUUUUUAAGAGAUGACAAUUUGACAGAUCAUAGUCAGUUUCGCACAAGCUCUCAGAAUGAAAAGUUACUCGGUGAUUCUGUUAGCCAUUUGCUUUGCAGCGAUCUAUUCGAGUAGCGCUCUUAUAUCGAUAGAAGACAAGGCUGCAUGUUUAAAAAAAAAUGGAUUAAACAAUACUGAAAAGUGGGAUUUAACGGCACAAUUCGAUUAUCGCUUGGAAAAGCCGUUUACGUGCUAUGUUGCUUGCGUGAUUAAUGCGAUCAAAAAGCCCGAGGAAACUGUUUAUGGAAAGCUGAGCGAAGUUAUCGAACGCGGCCACGUAAUUCCAGCUAGCCUCAAAAAAGACAUGGAAAAUCGUUUGGAUAGUUGCUAUCGAUAUAAUGGUGAAGGCGAUGACUGUAAAUUAUUAUACUGCGUCAAGAUACUCCAAUCUCCAUUUAAUCAAACUCUCAAUUUACUCGCUUGAAGAUAUAGAACUUAUACAAUUAUCUAAGUACUUGCAAUUCAUAGGAUAUCAUAAUAUUAAUGCUUAAUAUAUUUUAAUUUAUAACAUACUAGAAUAACAAAUGAUUAAUCGUAGUGUAAAGUGCAAGUUAACGACCAAGGAAAAAUUUAACUAUAACGUAUCACUUGUUGAAUGUUUUACAAUCGUCAAGAUAAUAUUAUUUUUAAAUAUUGAAUAACAUAUACUAUAUCGAAAUUGA